CGAACGGCGACGUUUACUGGUGAAUGAACAAGCAAACAAAGGCUGAUUUGGAAAGUGCGAGAGCUGCCAAAGUUGAGACUGAGGACCUGACGUACCCUGGCAGAGAACAAUCAGGGCCAAAGUCUUGGCUGUAGUCGAAGCAACGUGGGAAGAACAUUGAGGCAAUCGUGUUGUUUUUGACAUGCGGCUCGCCGUAAUCUGAUUUUCCUCAACGCCGUAAGGGUGCAAAUAGAAUCCGGGUCUGAAGUAACACACUGCAAAAGGUGGCUCGCCGGUUGUCGCUAACAGCAUGGCGAACGCGGAGCCGAAUUCGCUGGAGCUUCACGGAGACGAAGAAAUCAUCGAAGUCAUCGACCUGAACGACACUGAAGACGAUCCGGAUAACUUGGCCGACGACUUGGAGGACAUCGACUUUGAGGAGGCCGCCGCCGACGAAGGCUGGGAGACGGACGACGAGAUGGAAGCGCAGGUGGAGCGGGACGAUAGCGAGCUGACCUUCUCCAAACACACCGGCUCUGUGUUUUGCGUGAGCUUGGACCCGGCCACCAACAGCUUGGCGGUGACCGGAGGCGAAGACGACAGGGCGUACGUGUGGAGGGUGAGCGAUGGCCACGUGGUCUUGGAGUGCACAGGUCACAAGGACUCGGUCACGUGUGCCUCGUUCAGCCACGACUCCUCGCUCGUGGCUUCGGGCGACAUGAGCGGCCUGAUUAAAGUCUGGAAAGUGGAGACCAAAGAGGAGAUCUGGUCUUUCGAAGUCGGCGAUCUGGAGUGGUUGGAGUGGCAUCCGUGCGCUCCGGUGCUCCUGGCGGGAACGGACGAUGGCAACGUGUGGAUGUGGAAGAUCCCCGGCGGAGACUGUAAAACCUUCCAGAGUUCUGCGUGCCAGGCCACCAGUGGCAAAGUCCUCCCUGACGGUAAACGCGCUGCGGUGGGUUACGAGGACGGAAGCGUGCGCUUGUGGGAUUUGAAGCAGGGCAACGCCAUCCAUCACAUUAAAGGUCAGGAUGGUCACCAGGGGGCGCUGACGUGCCUCGCAUGCAACCAGGACGGCUCUCUGGUACUGACUGGCUCGGUGGACGGUUGUGCCAAGCUCAUCAACACGGCUACCGGCAAGGUGGUGGGCGUGUUCUCUUCGGACGGCGGUAAAGCCAAAGCGUCGGAAGAGCAGGACGGCUCCAACUCUGUGGAAUCGGUCGGAUUCUGCAACACCCUCCCGCUCGCGGCUGUGGCGUACCUGGACGGCACCUUGGCCAUUUACGAUCUCUCCACGCGGGUCCUGCGACACAGCUGCCGACACGAGGCCGGCGUCGUUCACCUGCAGUGGGAGGAGUCUUCUUCGUUGCUGUCCACCUGCAGUUUGGACGGAGCGCUGCGCCAAUGGGACGCUCGCUCCGGCAACAUGGUGUCCGAGUACCGAGGUCACGCCGCGGAGAUCUAUGACUUCCAAAUGAACAGGGAAGCGACGGUGGCGGUCACGUCUUCGGGAGACAACCGCGCCAAAGUCUUCUGCCUGCAAAGGCCCGACCGAUAAAAAGGAGGAGCGAAGAGAGAAAUCGGCGCGCUGCCUCGGAACGGGAUUUCAUCUCGAAAUGAUCCGAUUCACAGAAGGCUGCGUUCUGUCUCCGUCAGCCUUUUUUAUGGUCCGUGUUCUGACCCGUGUCACCUUCAAUGUAAAUACGAAAGGAAUUUUUUUUUUUUUUAAAUCCUCAAAUACAUUUGAC